CUAACAUUUGGACUGUACCAGAAAGAUACCCCUGAUCACCAAACAGUAACGUCACCCAGUCCCCGAGAGGGCAUCUUCAUUACCCAAUCCACCCACCCAAUUAGGAUCCAGAUGGCACUUCUGGCCAAUCAAAUCAUGGAUGGAAGAAUUCUCAGCAGUAUGAACGGGAGAGUGGAGCUUUCUCAGUUCUUAAGAAUCACAAAUCAGAGCAUUGUCUCGCAGGUUAAUUCUGCCCAAGACGACAACCGUAAGAACAGGAAGUACCCUUGCCCACUGUGUGGGAAGCGUUUCCGCUUCAACAGCAUCCUCUCUCUUCACAUGCGCACUCACACCGGUGAGAAGCCAUUUAAGUGUCCAUACUGCGACCACAGGGCUGCGCAGAAGGGCAACCUGAAGAUACACCUCCGUACGCACAAGCAAGGCAUCCUGGGCAAAGGCCGUGGGAGGGUUAGAGAGGAGAACAGGCUGCUUCAUGAGCUAGAGGAAAGGGCAAUACUUAGAGACAGGCAAAUGAGAGCUGGUAUUGUUAGCCAACAGCAACCACCACCUUCUAACACAAGCCAGCCUCAAAAGGUUUUACUGCCGACCGUCCCAGCAGAGCCUCAGUUAGUAAACAGUUGUACAGCUGAUCUACAACCGCACACAUCCACCUCUCCUGCAGUGACCGCUGUCCCAGAUGAGCUCAUCCAGGCCCAAGCCACCAGCUUCCGCUGCUCAUUCUGCAAGGGGAAGUUCAGGAAGCAUCAAGAGCUUGAGCGCCACAUCAGGAUCCUACACAAACCUUACAAAUGCACUUUGUGUGAGUUUGCCGCAGCACACGAGGAGGAUCUCAUCGGCCACGUUGAAAUAGCACACAUAACUGCCGAUUCGUGUGCGGGACAAAAACUGUCGGUGGGAGAUACUGAUAAGAGGAAGCCAGUCGGUGAAUUCCCCUGUGAGGUGUGUGGCCAGACCUUCAGCCAGGCCUGGUUCCUGAAGGGCCACAUGAGGAAACACAAGGACUCGUUUGAGCACUGCUGUCAAAUCUGUGGCCGCCGUUUCAAGGAGCCCUGGUUUCUCAAGAACCACAUGAAAGUCCACCUCAAUAAGCUGGCUGCCAAGAGUAGCAUCCUUGCUGAUCAUGACUCCGCUGUUGAGUUGAGUAAUCUAACACAGGACCAUGUGAGCAACCUCUACUCCCAAUACGUAUCCCGCUUUCACAACAGGUUCCCUAUGCCCAACAGAGCAGAUUUAUCAGAUUAUAACCACAUGAUGGCCACAGCAGGUGCAGACAUUAAGGUCAGAGAGAUGUUAGGGCGGAUGAUUUCCUCAAGAUCUCUAACAGACACGGAGAGUUCCUCUUUGUUUGGCUUAAAUCAUCUCCAUCCUCCACUGAGCUCCACCAGCAUGGAAUACCUGCAGAAAGUCAUCUCUAACAGAGAGGUUUUCAAAAACAGCGGCAGCUACGCAGGCUGGCAGAUCAUGGCGCCCGGACCUUCUAUUGAUCAGCAAAUGUACAGGGCUAAAGAUCAGCAGCAGUGCUCUUCCUACUUGUCUGAGCGAUGUCUAGAUGAUGGGAAACUGUGUCUCAGUGAUCCAGACACCAAAGUCAUCAGCAGACCUGGGAGCCCAGGCAGUGUGAGUCAUCAUGGGCCAACAGACAUGGGGAACUCCCACUCAAGCAGUACUCUAGACCAUCAGCCACAAUCUUCCCCUCCAGCUACAGGUGAGAACGUCUACAGGUGUCCACUCGCUAGUGACUACACCGCCACCUCCCUCAGCUUUCACCUGGAUCGCUACAACUUCCCCCGCUGGCAGGACAACAGAGAUCUUUCUCCUCCUCUGCAGCCCAGCGACAGCAGCAGCAGCCCCAAACCCAAACCCAGAUCUAGGGAGGACUGGAACCCAGCUGCCAGUCAGUUUGCUGCUUCAGAGAGCCACAGCCUGACUCUGUCCCAUCUCAUGCAGCCACAUCUCCCGCUGCACUACAGAUGUCUGGCCUUUUUAAUAAUGGACUCUCGUCCUCCAUUACCCGCCGGCUACAAAGUUACUCUAAUGCACCAGCUGAACUCGGCGUGA